AUGCUGCGUCCUUUUCAGGUUCGAAGACAGGCUUCUCAGCCGUUGGUCUGUCUGAGAUGUGCCGUAAGAUAUCGGCACAGAUCGUCCAGCAAGGACUCGCGGAGGCCUGUGACAAGUAGAAUUCUCAAGGAUCGAAGUACUGCAGAGAUCAGAAGACGGUUCGUUCCUGGCCGCGCUUGUCGUACAUCAUUAGAAGCCCAGCCUCUAUGGGACUCGAAUUCACUGCCGCCUCAUGAACCGCCACCUCUUCCGCGUCCUGACCUCCCAAGCAUCCGCGAACGUCUUCGACAGUGGGAGAUUGAUAACGCCAACGCAUACAAGCCAGUAGACGUCAACUCUGAUGUACCGGAACCGGGUCAUACCGUCAAUCGUGUCAUUCAUCCAAACUAUGUCGAGUUUCAGGAGGUAUCAGAGACCGAUGGACUAGACGAUUACAGAGAAUCGAACUUCGAAAGAUUUGACCUUGUAGAUGUGGGGGACUCUCGAGGAUUCUUGUUGCCUGGGGAUCUAGUUGAACUUUCAUCUCUCGGCAAUCGAAGACAAGAACUGGCUAUAUUCGUGCGCGAUCUGGGAAUGCAAACCCAAUUUUACACUAUGACUGGACGUUGGCUUCACAGAACGAACAAUUCGGUCAAAUUCUUCGUCCCUGGCUUUGUGGAACCUAAAGAGCUCGACGCAAUUCGGCCAUACCUCCCUGAUGGAGAGGUUGAUACAUCAUUGGAAGGGAGACUUCAAAGUUUCCAGGACUCUGUAGCCCUAGAGAUAGGAAAGCCUCUCAUUUUGAAGAUGACAAAUUUCUGGAACCAGGCCGACGCUACUUUUCAAUCGCAUGCCCAACAGCUGGACAACGCGCACAAGACCGUUGCGGACAUUUUUAAAUUCCGGUACGCCUCGCUUGACGAAAUCGCCACAAAGGUACUCGGAAAUACCAUCAAUAGACAGGACGAUGGCAAGUAUCCAUGGGCGGUCUUAUACGCUGUCCACCGUACCCUCCUGAAGGACGACAUUGGUUUCCGAGCAUUGCCACACGGGUCUUAUCAGAGGACGAAUGUUCAAUAUGAGAUCAAUGGCUCCAGUGAGGUUGAUGCUAUUCGGCGAGUCGUAAGUUGGGUUCGCAAGUAUGUUGAGAUAAAGUUGUCCAACCACGCGUCCGAAACGAAGCUAGCUGCUUCUGAAGUCGUACUUUUUGCCAAUCAUGCCCGGAAACUCAUCGACAUCAGUCGAAACAAUCGUCAAUUUACUAGUCACGGUAUGAUAGGACCAUCCCUCCGAACCGUGGAGCCUGGAGAGCGUUUCAGAGCUGGAGUCCCGGGAGAAGCUUUCACCGCUAAUGAUCUCUACUUCAUCCGGUUCUUGGAAUCUUGGGCAUGCUUGGGAAGUUUUAGUACACACUCAACGCUGAAUGGAGUGGGCUCUGCGAUUUUACGGGCCAUCGACAGAUACGAAAACGUCUCUCUGGAUAGAACUACCGGAUGGACUUGUUUGCAAGAGUUGGGUGCUUUGGCGCCUUGGGAGACUACGGCCGGCUUCGACCUCAGACUGCCAUAUACCGGCCGACAGGAUGCAAUUGAGCAUCGCCUCCACCCACGAAUUAGUCGUAUGGCUGGAGGUGUUGUGCCAGAUAAAUUGAAGGCUUUGCGAAAAGAUUGGUUAGACACCCCGGUUUUCUGUGUAGAUGAUGAGGCCGCUCACGAAAUUGACGACGGUUUCUCUUUGGAGUCCACUGAUAAUCCAAAUGAGUAUUGGGUUCAUGUACACUCUGCAGAUCCGGCAGCACUCCUUGAUCCAGCAGGAAAGGUUGCGCAAUUUGCCGAAUCUCUGGCUGAAACAAUCUAUCUGCCAGAUAGGAUGAUUCCUAUGUUGGUGCCGGACUGGGCUCACGCGAAUGUGAGUCUUGCGCCAGACAUGCGUUGCUUGACCUUCAGUGCCAAGAUGAACUUGCAAGGGGAAUUGCUCGAAAGCAAAAUCCAGCCUGGUAUUCUCAGAAAUGUUCAGUAUUUGACACCAGCAACUUUUCAGGAUAUUGCCUCGUGCGCUGAUGUUCACAUCGCAAAAGAUAAUUUCGUUGUAGGGAAUCACAUUGAUACCAAGACAGUUUCUCGUCUCCUCAAGACGAGUGACCAGUUCUCCGAGGCGGAAAGGGAGCAGAUGAAGAUCAUCCACACGAUCACAGGAGCUCGGGCAAGCCUCAUGGAGUCAAAGGGUGCUAUUACUGCCGGAGUGAGAGAAACUGAUAUAUCUGUCUCUUUCGAUGGCUUUCCGUGGGCGAAGCCAAAAUCUCCUUCUCACAGCCAUCAAUAUUUCGGUGAUCCAACAAUCCGUCUCGCAGUAGCGAAGACAGCCGACGACAAGGUUCUUGAGGAGAGGGCCAUAAACGCUGUUGGAAUUCUGAUGUUGCUUGCUGGAGAAGUCGCAGCGACGUGGUGUAAGGAGAGGAAUAUUCCAAUCCCCUACCGCAUUACCCCUCUCAACCCAGAUAAGCAACAUCCCUACGAAUUUUUCCUAAAGAACAUCAAGCAUGCUGCAAAACCAAUACCCAUCGACACUAUGAUGAACUACUUUUCCACCAUUGGCAAAGUCCAACCUUCCACCGUUCCAGGACCUCACGCAGCACUUGGCAUGGAAGCAUUCGCGAAAGUUACCAGUCCCAUGCGUAGAUACUGUGAUAUGCUCGCUCACUUCCAGAUCGAAUCGGCCUUGUUAGAAGAGGCCAGGACGGGCCAAAGUCUCGUCGGGUCUACCUCGCACCACUACCUUGCGUUAUCCAAGGCUCGACUGGAUGAGAUUCUGCCACGAAUCGCAGCUCGAGAAAGGCAGAUAGGCAGAUCCAAAGUAACCGCUAAUCGAAUCUGGGCGAUUCAGCUGGUUCUCCGGGCCUGGAAGUUUGGCGAAUUUGAAUUGCCAAGGCCUUUGGAAUUCACGGUGCGGAGUGUCAAUCCUGACACGAAUACGGCCGGAGGGGUUGUCACUAAAAUGAUGAUUGGUGGAAAUAUGCGCAUUCCUUCUUGGGCCAGCGCAGAGGAUAUCGAAAUUGGCGAUCGAUUCGAGGUGGAGAUCGACGACAUCAAUACUUAUACGACGACCAUAGUGUUCAAGGCACUCAAGUCCUUGGAGUCAGAGGCUGAGAUUGCUGCCAAAAAAUUAGCGCUAGCAGCAGAGCAAUAG